UCCCGGCAGGCUCCGCGCGGGGCCGGGCCCGGGGCUGCCAAGAUGGCGGACUUCGAGGAGCGGGUGUCGGACGAGGAGAAGGUGCGCAUAGCUGCGAAGUUCAUCACUCAUGCACCCCCUGGAGAGUUCAACGAGGUGUUCAAUGAUGUCCGGUUAUUGCUCAACAAUGACAAUCUUCUCAGGGAAGGAGCAGCACAUGCUUUUGCACAGUACAACAUGGACCAGUUCACUCCAGUGAAGAUAGAAGGAUAUGAUGAUCAGGUCUUAAUCACAGAACAUGGUGAUCUGGGCAAUGGCAGAUUUUUAGACCCAAGAAACAAACUUUCUUUUAAGUUUGAUCACUUAAGAAAAGAAGCAAGUGACCCCCAGCCCGAGGACACGGAAUCGGCUUUAAAGCAGUGGAGAGAUGCCUGCGACAGCGCCCUGAGGGCUUAUGUGAAGGAUCAUUACCCCAACGGCUUCUGCACUGUUUAUGGUAAAUCUAUAGAUGGGCAGCAGACAAUUAUUGCCUGUAUUGAGAGCCACCAGUUCCAGCCCAAGAACUUCUGGAAUGGCCGUUGGAGAUCAGAGUGGAAGUUUACCAUCACCCCACCCACAGCUCAAGUGGCUGCAGUGCUCAAAAUCCAGGUUCAUUAUUAUGAAGAUGGCAACGUUCAGCUGGUCAGUCACAAAGACAUCCAGGACUCUGUGCAGGUCUCAAGUGAUGUCCAGACAGCUAAGGAGUUCAUUAAGAUCAUAGAAAAUGCAGAGAACGAGUACCAGACAGCCAUCAGUGAGAACUACCAGACCAUGUCAGACACCACCUUCAAAGCCUUACGCCGGCAGCUUCCUGUCACCCGCACCAAGAUCGACUGGAACAAAAUCCUCAGCUACAAGAUUGGCAAGGAAAUGCAGAAUGCUUAGUGUGGGGCUGAGGGAGAGGCCCAGAAUGUUUCUGUGCAAAAAAACAAAUCGUGGUCCUAUGCCAAGUAGAAGGGUUCCAAACCAGUGCAGCGUUUUCCCUAGGGCUUUCAGAGUUAGCAGGUUUUCCAGCCUCACCCAGCACUAUAGAACAAAUUGUGUUGUCUUUCGUGGGGUUUUUGUUUCUGUUUUGUCUUUCUUGCCAUGUCAACCUCCUGUAUUUACUGCUAGGUCAUUUUAGCUACGCCACGGCUGUGGUUCAGAGGUGUAGCAUCUUUACCAAUCAUCCAUUGUCUUGGUUGGAAAACUUCCUAACUGGAAAAGCCCUACUCUAAAUAGAGCUGAGGGUGCAAAACGUUCCCCUUGCCCCCCUCACAGCACUCCAGGUACUCCACUAAGUUUGUCAAACCUACCAACAGCUGCAAGGUAACAAAAACAAGGCAGCAAAUCUUCCUCUACCCUUAUCGCUGCCCUUCACACAGCAGGGAGCCUGCAGGCUUCCGUCUCCCUUAUCAAAUGAGUUUACAAGGUCCUUACAGACUCCACCUCCCCCACCCCACCCCCCAAGCCAGCUCUUCCAGGGAUCUCUUCUCUCUUUUAACCUGAAGAUUUGAGCCAUGUUCCCCCAAAGUGGCUGUUUCUGCUCUCCCCACCUCGUGUGUGUGUGUGUGUACGGUUAGCAGACAUCUGCGUUCUCGCUGCCCUGCAGGCUCCUGAGGCAGGCAGGCUGGGUGGUGGUGAGACAUGCAAGUGUCCCUGGAACAACAAGGGGUAUGUUGUGCUUUCAUGCUUUGUGGCAGGUUCCUAAAAUUCGUAUCCCAGGUGUGUGGAUGCAUAGUGUACAAAAUAAACAAACUUGCACCCAAGCAAGAGAAAAAAA